CCCGGUCGCGCCAGGCAGGAGGAGGGAAGAGGCGGGCGGCACCUCCCGCGGCGGGAAGGGGCUGCCCCUGACGGGGUGGGUGCGCCGCACCUCGGGGCGGGGUCGCGCGGCCUCCCCCCGCCCGGCUCCCGGUCGCGCUCCCGCCUCCGGGUGGCCGCGGGGCUGCGGGCCGGGUCCGGGUGCCGCGAGCUCGGGCCCCGGCGCCCGGGCGACGGCGCAGCAGCCGCUAUGGGCAACAAGCAGACCAUCUUCACGGAGGAGCAGCUGGACAACUACCAGGACUGCACCUUCUUCAAUAAGAAGGACAUCCUCAAGCUCCACGCACGAUUCUACGAGCUGGCCCCCAACCUCGUCCCCAUGGACUACAGGAAGAGUCCCAUCGUCCACGUGCCCAUGAGCCUCAUCAUCCAGAUGCCGGAGCUCCGGGAGAACCCCUUCAAGGAAAGGAUCGUGGAGGCUUUUUCUGAGGACGGCCAGGGGAACCUCACCUUCAACGACUUCGUGGACAUGUUCUCCGUGCUGUGCGAGUCGGCUCCCCGGGAGCUCAAGGCAAACUAUGCCUUCAAGAUCUACGACUUCAACACGGACAACUUCAUCUGUAAGGAGGAUCUGGAGCGCACGCUGGCACGGCUCACCAAGUCGGAGCUGGACGAGGACGAGGUGGUGCUCGUGUGUGAAAAGGUCAUCGAGGAAGCCGACCUGGACGGCGACGGCAAACUGGGCUUCGCGGACUUUGAGGACAUGAUUGCCAAGGCCCCCGACUUCCUCAGCACCUUUCACAUCCGGAUAUGAGGACACUGCCGAGGGCGCAGGGGCCCUGAGGCCAACCAUCUGGGUCUGCUGUCUACACGAGUGUGACCUCUGAGCUGUCCAGAAAAGAGGCUGCGGCCUCUGGGGUUAGACCCACCAACAUUUUCUUGGCCCUUUCAGCAAAAAAUCCUUAACCAGGGAAGGCGGGUGUGGGGAGCAGGGCCCUUCCCAGGCCCCGCCACAGGCCCUCCAUCUGUGCCGCCGAGCCCCCCAGACCGCAGUCCUCUCCCUGUCAGAAACGGCCCCACUGGGAGGGGAAGGCAGAGACCUCACGGGGCAGGGGAUACGGACGUGUCCCAAGUGCUGGGCAGGCGUCCUGAUGGCCCGGGGCAAAGCAAAAAGGGAAAGAGGACAAGGUUUCACGAGCUAUGCAGUCUUCCUCCAAAACCCACAGCUGGGCUGCCCCCCAGCCCCGCCUGGUCCCCUUCGCCCCCGACCCCCCAAUGUGAAGCUGUGUGGACAGUGGGCCAAGGGCUCUGUCCCUGUCCCUGGCUCUGAGGCCUGGGCACCACGCCCCCCGCCCCCCAAGAGGUGGAAUUCUCACUGGUGCGUGCUGUCCACACAUUUGUGAAUUCCCGGGAGUAAAGCAC